AUGAAUUCUGGAUUUACUCUGGUUAGCUUUCGAGAUAUUGCAACUAGGGAUCUAGUCCUGGAAACUGGUGUGAUUCAUUUCGACAAAAAACCAGUUGUUCUUCGUCCCUGGACACCUGACAUGGACACAGUGCAGAUGGUGAAAUCGGUUCUAGUUUGGGUUCGAUUAAACGGCUUGGGGCUUCAAUAUUGGGGUCGUAAUAGUCUAAGUGCUCUAGUUAGCACUAUAGGCAAACCCAUUAUGAUUGAUCAAGUUACCCGUGAUAGAUCGAUGGUCAAAUUUGCGAGAGUUCUUGUUGACAUGGAGAUCUCUGAGAACCCCCCUAAGACUAUCUCGUUUGUUAACGAGAGAGAUAAACUAGUUGAACAAUUGGUGGAGUACGAAUGGCUUCCUUCUAAAUGCAAAGCUUGUGACUGUUUGGGACAUACUGUGGUGAACUGUUCGAAGGAUAAGGGGCACAUUUGGGUUAAGAAAUCCAAACCAGAUCAUAAGAAAACAGAGAUGGUCACUGAUAAGAAAAUUGCUGAGCUUUCUAUUGAUAACAAACAGGUCAAUGUUGAUGCUACUACUUCUCAGGAGGCCUCAAGUGAAACAGCUGCUGUUAUUGCAGUAACUGCUAUAUCUCAGGAUGCCUCAAAAUCGUGUGAAGCAACUAAUGUUACUGUAAACAAGGUAGCUGAAACUAAUAUAGUUACAACAGCAAAGUAA